AUGCUGAAGAAAGGUGUUGAGGUUGUAAACAGAGAAGGUCUUGAGGUUACUGAUGAUGUGUCAAUUGUUGAGCACCUUAAGCAUCCUGUUUAUAUCAAUGAAGGAUCUCAUACCAAGAUUAAGGUUGGUACUCUAAGUUACAUGUCACCAGAAGCCUUUAUGUGCAAUGAGAGUGAUGCGAGUGGAAGCAUCAUGAAGUGUGGUCGGCCAUCAGAUAUCUGGUCCCUUGGCUGCAUUCUUUAUCAAAUGGUAUAUGGGAGAACACCCUUUUCAGAAUACAAGACAUUUUGGGCCAAAUUCAAAGUUAUAACUGAUCCCAAUCACGAAAUUAUGUACGAACCAGUUUCAAAUCCUUGGCUUCUUGAUCUUAUGAAAAAGUGUCUAGCAUGGGAUCGCAAUGAAAGGUGGAGAAUUCCUCAGUUGCUCCAGCAUCCUUUUUUAGUUCCCCCAGUUCCAUGUCAUCAAUCUUUGUUCCAAGAUCAAACCUUUAAAUUGCUGCAACUUAUAGCUGAAACUUGCAAAAAUGACCCAGAAGCAUCGCAGCUCUGUUUUCAACUUCAACAGGUGCUUGAUAAUCCCAUAAAAUUAACUAGUACUCAUUCAUUAAACUCCCUAGACCAACAGCAUAAAUUACUGUCCCGAAUAUCAGAACUUUGUAUUCAACUACAGAAACGCUUUCCAAAUUCGGAUGAAGAAUAGAUGCUUGUUUCGUGUAAGUUUUUUUUGGGAAUUUAUGAUUUUUUGUCCAAAGCUGUCUGAAGAGGUGAAGUAAUGUAGUGAUUUCUUAUUGGUUCAUUCCAAUUUCCAGUGGUUAUUCUUCAAUGUACUUGUAACUAAAAAGGAACGUAUAGAGUUGUUGUCUUGACAUUUUUCAUGUUUAUAGUACCUAAAAACCGUGUUCCUCAUUUUUCAGGUGUUUUGAUUUGUGUACAAUUGAAUGAUUGAU